AUGAAACACCAUCACUCCAAACAAACUCACGGUCACCUACAUCAUCGUCAAAAGAAGUUCCAUCAGUCGGAUGAGGACAACCAAGACACCCAUUCAACGGCGGAGGACAGCUUGCUCAGUGAUCACGUCUCGCAUCGUUACCAUCGCAAGAAUCGUGGCCAGGUUUCUCUAUCUGAAACCUCUUUCACUUCAUCAUACGGUUCUUCAUCCACUUUCUCCUCUUCAUCAACAACUGCCUCUUCAUCUUCUUCAUCAUCCACAUCAGCAUCUUCCUCGAGUCUGUCGUCGGAGAAUAGCAGUGAAGGUUCCGAGGAAUUUCUUCUUAGGAGGCCCCAGCAUUCACAGUCUUGUAAUAACAUUUCUGAAAAGCACAAGUACAUCGAAGAAGAAGAAGACACCGCACCUUUGAUUGGAACCAGUGGUCACCCAGGCAAGCAGAAACAGGCAAAAGGCAAGUCUUCUCAUAAUGGCUCCAAGCAAGGCACCCGGAAGAAGACGCGUGACACAGCAAGUUUCCGCAAAUCUAAAUCUAUGGAGGCCCUCACGUUCCCCUCCGAAAACGAGGGGAACGAAGAAGAACAAGAAAGGAGAAAAAAUGAAAUCAGAAAGAAUUUAAUGAAGGAGAAAAUGAAAUUCUCUGCCUUUCUCAAUGAGAUCACUCGACAAGUUCUCAGCCCCAUGAGACUCACCACCCUGGGCGUUACAGAUGCUCAGAAACCGAGCGGCACCGAGUCGGCUUCCAGCAAGUCCGAGGACAAGAGGCGACACCAGAGGAGUCGACCUGUUAGCGCCGACUCGGUUACCUCCAGCCAAUAUUCUCAUUCUCAGCUUUCAAAGUCAAACUCAUCCCACCAUCAUCGUAGGCAUGACUCUCCGGACUCACCCAAAAGCUGCGCUGACAUAAGUUAUUCGGAAAGACAUCCAUCAUGGUCCCAAACAUCUCAACAUUGCUCACGGUCACCCAGUUGGAAACAGAACCGCCGUCGGAACCAAGGAGAUAUUCAACGGUGUCAUCAUAGCCCGAGUUAUCACAGAUACGCCCGUGACAAAAGUCCUCAUCGUCAUCGUAGAUGUUACAGUCCCGUCUCAUAUUCCAGUUAUGACGAUUGCGACAGUUCCAGCUAUCAUCACGACAAACGUUCUCCUCACAAUCACUACGAAGACGACCAUGACGGAGGACGCUACGGCACUUUAACUCAUUCCCGUCAUCAUGACCCGGCUAAUCCUCAGCAGAGUGAAGAUCAUCUCCAUCAUCGCCGUGGAUACUUUCCUCGCCGCGGAGGUCGUCACUCUCCAACGUAUCAUCACGAAGAGCACCACAAACAUCAUCAGCAAAUUCGCAAUAGCUCAUCACAGCACCACAAAGACCGUCCAAUUAAAGGUCAUCACCAUAGUAACCAUUUAAAUACAAAACGGCCAACGACGCCGCGUCAUGGAAACCAAGCCCAAAACGAUAAACCGAAACAUCACCCUGGAGAACCCCGUGACCUCGCUCACCAUCACGGUUUAAAAGACCAACAUCAUCCUAAUCGUCAACAUGGAGAUCAGAUCCUGCAACAAAACCAUAGUGUCCAUGGACAUGGACGGCCCCACCAGAGAUCCAAAUCUAGUGAAUUUGGAGACCGUCAUAAGCCAAGUCAUCAUCACCAUGGCGAUGACCACAAGGCGGUACAGCAACCUGACAGCCAGAAUUCCCAUCAAGAGCACCGCUAUGGAGCUCAUCACAUUCCAAAACGUCCCCAUUAUCAUGGAGACAGCCCAAGCCAUGAAGAUCGCCACAACAGUUCUCACCAUGGCAACCACAACAGUGGAAUCCUUGAAAACCACCUUGGGGAUUCAAGUCAUCCGGAGCCACAUCUGCACAAACAUGAGCCGCAACAUGAGGAGACGCACCGUCACAUAAAAGGGGAGUCUGCCGUCAGGUUGCCUCCACACCAGAUGGGAGUUCUUUCCUGCAAACUGGAUCCAACCAGGAAGAUGAACACCACCUCCGGUCGAGACGAGGAACAAACCGACUUCACCGUCCCAUCGAUACCGCAAGAACCAACUCGUGAAAUGGACAAAAUUACGCUCCCAAAAGGAGAGAACAAAGGUCAAAGUUUAUUGACGUCAGCAGUCAAGAUGGAGUGUUUUGGAGAUUUUUUAAACAGCCAUAAGAUUUUGGAAGAAGAGCUCCAGAGGACGCGUAUGGAAUUGAGCAACCUCACAGAGAGUUUUAAAAUACUCCAUGAAAAUUGUUCAUCCACACAACAAACAAAUAGCCUACUGGAGCAAAAAUUGAACUCUGUGACGAAAAGCAUGGAAGGAGAGCGUCAGAGGUUGAGCCAACGUAUUUCAGCAUUGACGGAACAGCUGACCUCAGCCAAGUAUACCAACAAUGUGGAAACAUUUAAUGUCAAUUCCGUGCUGAGCGAAGCCAACGACCAUUUUUUUGCAGAUGAUACCAUCAGUCAACUUAUGCUCCCUCUGGCACCUCCUCCAGCCCAGUUCAUGGACAGCCAAAACUACGAGAAGGUCAAAGCUGCAGGGCAGGAACAAUGUCUGGGGUCGGUUCCAGAGGAGGAGGAGUCGGACUGGUCAGAAAUGGGGGAAGAGAUCCCGAGAUUUCUCCUAACAAACAGAAAUCAAGCAUGGCCGCCCAGGGAAGCAGACGUGGACAAAGACAGCGAGUCAGAGGAAAUUCUCUGUCUUCACUCUCCUCGACCUCUGCAGGUACCUCAUCUCAAAUUCACCAUCCACAAUGAGAUUUUACCUGCCCCACCAGGCAAUGCUUGCCUCUCAGCUAUAACAGAUGAGAGCGCAUUUCGGAUGGCCGCCAGCCAGAACCUUGGCUCGACCAUAUUGAUCAGGUCAACUAGCCUAGAGCAAAUCCCGCUUGCGUGCCAUCAAAUGCCAAAGGAACUGAGAGGCACGGAAGCCAUGAUGGACCUCCACCACCCUGGGGAUGAAGCUAUUGAUGAUUUAGACAAUGAGAUCAUCCAUCAUUGGAGAAGAAACAAUGACAGGGAUGGAAGGGCAUUGGAAGCUGAUAGCGCUCCCUGCAGUCUGCAGUCUGUUGAGCAGAUGCUCAACCAGUUCAUGCGCAAAGAACCUCAGUCCAGUGAAGGGAUAUGUCAGAGAAGGUCAGACAUGCAUGGAUGGACAGGCGGGAUUGCAGAGGAGGUUUUAGGAGGGGAGCAAACACAGCUGUGAUAAAAGAAACAAAAAUAUUGUUUGCUGAAUUCAGUAUAUAUAACUUAUUUUGCUAUUUCCCCCCCCCCCCCUUCCUGUUUUAUUCAGCAGAUUUGAAUGAUCUUUUUAGAAAAAUCCAGCCAUUACCUUUGAAUGUGAAGAAAUAUCCUAAAAUACCCUCAAGGACUCCUGGUUGUAAAUACUUCAAAAAAGUAGUCAAAGAUUUGGAAGUGGAAUUUGAAAGAAUUUUGUAGAUAUGCUAUUCUGUAUAAAUGCAAUUUGAACAAACAAUGUUUUUCCUGUGUAAAUAUAUUUUCUCUGUAAAAAAAAAAAGUACUUAUAAGGAAAAUUAUUCACAUCUGCUCUGACCACAUAA